AUGUCGGCACCGAGCGCCGCCGCCAUCUUGGCAGACAGAACGAGCCUGCUGUCGCUGUCACUUGCCGAGUGUAACACCAUCAUCCAGCUGAGCUCCGUUGAAGCUUGUGUAGCGCGAGCUGUCUGGCUCCGCUGCUAGUGAACGCGGAGAAAUCGCAGCGGGUUCGCGAGACGCGGAUAGCAAAACCGGCUGUGGAGGAGGCGGUGGCGGCGGGCAAGAAGAGGGGACGAAGAAGCAGCGGGAGAAAGAGAGAGAGAGAUAGAGAGAUAGAGAGAACGAGGAGGAGAGGUACCGCAGGGGACCGGAAAAAUAAUAUCGGGGUGAGCGGGACGUCACCAAGCGGCGUCUCGCGGUCGGUUCCCGUGUCCGCUGUUCGUCGUGUCCGGCCGUGUCGUGGCCCUGUGUCUCAUCGGUGUGUCGCAACGUGUGCGGUGUGAAGUCAGGAGUGUAUCGGGAACCCCAACAUCAGUCGCCCGUCUUGGCCGUUUCGAACAGCGGCCGACUUCACUCGCUUCUCGCGCGAGUGUGUCUUGAGGAUUUCUCGCGUUUAUUGUCAGCCGCGCGCGGUUCUUUCUCGCGCUCGUUUUUCCCUCCCCCCUCCCGUAUACACAGGGAAAAAAAGUUCAAUCAAUUUCGGGAGGCAGUGUGUAACGUCGUUCUGCUGAAUCGCGCUCGCUAAAUACAAGUGUGACAGCGAGGACAGUAUGGCGGGACAAACCAUCAACGACAGGCUGUUGGCCGCGAGGCACAGCAUCGCCGGCCAGGGCCUCGCCAAGUCCGUCUGCAAGGCCACCACCGAGGAGAUGAUCGGACCCAAGAAGAAGCAUCUCGACUAUCUAAUACACUGCACGAACGAGCCAAACGUCUCCAUACCGCAGCUAGCUAAUCUUCUGAUCGAGCGCUCGCAAAACACAAACUGGACGGUGGUUUUCAAAGCCCUGAUAACUGUGCAUCACAUGAUGUGCUAUGGCAACGAGAGAUUUACGCAAUAUCUCGCCUCCAGCAACAGCACCUUUCAGCUCAGCAACUUCCUCGACAAGAGCGGCGUACAAGCAGGGAUACGCGUGGGUUAUGACAUGUCGCCGUUCAUCAGGCGAUACGCCAAAUAUCUCAAUGAGAAGGCUCUGUCCUACAGAACGGUAGCGUUUGACUUCUGCAAAGUGAAAAGAGGGAAAGAAGAUGGCACUUUACGCACAAUGAAUGCCGAGAAACUUUUAAAAACUUUGCCGGUACUGCAAUCGCAACUCGAUGCUCUGUUGGAAUUCGAUUGCACGGCUAACGACCUCACAAAUGGCGUCAUAAACAUGGCCUUCAUGCUUCUCUUUCGAGAUCUUAUCCGGUUAUUCGCUUGCUAUAAUGACGGCAUCAUUAAUCUCUUAGAAAAAUAUUUUGACAUGAACAAAAAGCAGUGCCGGGACGCUUUAGAUCUCUAUAAAAAGUUUCUCAUACGCAUGGAUAGAGUCGGAGAAUUUCUGAAGGUCGCGGAAAACGUUGGUAUCGAUAAAGGAGACAUACCAGAUUUGACAAAGGCACCAAGUAGCUUAUUAGACGCCUUAGAACAACAUCUCGCGUCGUUGGAGGGAAAGAAAGGUUCCGCCGCGAACACACCCACACAGUCCGCAAGCAGCAAUAGAACCAAUGUAAAGUCGGGAGUGUCCGCCCUGUCUUCCACCAGUAACGCGUUCGGAACAGCGGCGAGCAACGCGCGACUCGAUCAAACCGGGAACGGCCACAUUGACGAGGCACUACGACAACAAGCUCUCGCGGAAGAGGAAGCCGCCAUGAAUCAAUACAAGGCAAAAGUACAAUCGCCAUCGAGUAUUAGCACAAAUCCCUUCCUCAGUUCACCGACUAAUAAUGCUAACCAACCGAUCGUGGAUUUAUUCGGCGCCGCACCAGCAUCCGAACAGCAACAAUCUUCGCAAAAGGCGUCGGACGAUCUGCUGCAAUUGGCAGGCAAUCCGUUCGCCAACAUGUUUGGAGCGCCACAACCGACUGUGCCUGCUACGCAACCUGCUGCGCAGAACAACAUGUGGAUGACCAAUGCUGGCGCCCAAGGAAUGGCCGCGUCCGUACCUAAUCCCUUCAUGUCCGAUUUCCCGUCCCUCGGUGCCACCGGCGCUCAACCAACGACGCAGAACGCGGCCGCCUUCGGGCUCUUUGAUCAGAACGAUCCAGCGCAAGGGGCGCCGAGCGGUGAUCUCUUCAGUGCCGGUCAAAUGGAUCUUUUCGGGAGUGACGGAUCCGCCGCUGCCGCUGCCGGCACCAACGCGAUGCUGAAAACCGCCGCGAACGGCGGAGAAGGGGACUCCGCGGCGGUCGAGGUAGUGGCGUCGACGGCGCCAGGCGCCGUCGGCAAAACGUCAUCUACUGCCACGCCACCACCUAGACCACCGCCACCCGUAAGCGCCGUCGCUGCUGCGAACGGCGCUGUACCGCGUGCAAUGUCUCCGACCGUCGGUGGCAGCGGAGCAUCGCAUGGUAGGCCAGCGGCGGCGUCGGCGGCCGCUUCUAGCAAGAGCGCGUUCGAUGAUCUCAAUGAUAGUAUACGCAUGGCACUGGGCGGAUCUCCGUCGCGUCCGGCACCCAUGGUACAGCAGCAGCAGGCUGCGAUGACCGCCCAGCAACAACCAUUGCAACAACAACAAAUGCCGGCAGCGGCGGCAGGUGCCGGUAUGUUCAACUUGAACGACGCUGCCGGUCAACCCAUGAUGCCCGGCGCGCCGAUCGGCUACGGUAUUCCUCCCCAAGCCCAAGUCCCCGUGGGGUACGGUUCGCCGGCAAAGCAGCCGAUGUCAGCCGCGGGACAACCGGUUGGCGCGACCAGCACCGGGAAAGUUUUGACCGGAGAUUUGGAUAGCAGCCUCGCUAGCCUUGCACAGAACUUGACUAUCAAUAAGAGUGCUCAGCAACAAGUCAAAGGAAUGCAAUGGAAUUCACCAAAGAAUGCCGCUAAAACUGGCGGCCCGGCCGGUGGCUGGUCACCGCAACCAAUGGCAGCUACAACCGGUGCUGGAUAUCGGCCUAUGGGUCAGGGAAUGACGCAACUGCUACCUGCGACCACUACAACUAUGGGUUUUCCUUCGCAGUCCGCAAUAAUGGGUAUGCAAGGUAUGCCGAUGGGCAUGCAGGGUAUGCAGGGUAUGAGGCCGAUGAUGUGUCCUAUUCCGGGUGCUCCCGCCGCCGGCGGCGGUAUGAUGGUUGCGGGUGGAGCUGCGCCUAUGAUGGCCAUGCCCGGCGCGAAUCCCAUGAUGACCGGUCCUAGCUUGCAGCAGCAGCAGCAUCCUCAGUCUCAGCCUCAGCCUGCUGCAGCAGCUCAGCCACAGGGCAACGCUGUCCAACUCGAUCCCUUCGGUGCUUUGUGAAGGGAUUAGGAUUCCAAGUGAAAUUGAGAAGAUGCAGCGAGAAUUGUAAAUAUCGUGUAAUAUGCCUAGAAUGAAAAAAAGAAAAGAAAAAAUAAUAAUAUGUCCCGCUUAUUUCCAUGAAGCAUGGCCCGGUCAAUCGCGGAUUGAUCGUCAUUCGAAUCGUUUUCAUUGUGAAUAUGGUAAAUUGUAUCAUACUUCCUAUAUCUCAUAUGUUCACCGAGUGUGUAAUACGCGUUACACUUCGAUAUAGCGUUGUUUCCCGUGUAGCAUUGGUUUAUGUAAAAUUUGGUAAAUAUUCAAAUAAACGUUGGUUUUUGUUUUCUGCCUCCGUAGAGAGCGCGAGUCGAUCGAAUCUGAAAAUUACGGGUAAAUCUGCGCGUCGGGAUCUCAUCGAUUUCAAUGAUCUUAGGAACUGAGCGAGAAGAGAAUCUGAUUCUUUUCCUCUGGCUUCGAGGUCAAUAAAAUCGAUGACGGAUCGUUCUUAAUUUCUCUGCACGUGUUUAUUUGUGAAUAUUAACUUAGGCCGAUGCUCAAACGGGAAACCGGAUAAGGCGCUUUUUUCCGCCUUGAAAUCCGUAGCCGCGCAUAAUUAUGUAGCUUAGAGAAGAAUUGUUCUAAUGCGCGAAUUGCGUUUAGAAUGGACACGAACGUUGCGUUCACGCUGUGAAUUUUUUCCUGGUGAGGAUUAACUGUGAUAGUACUACGGUAUGUGUUGCAUUGAACAGUUUUUCUUCGUUGAUAUUAAUGAUAUUAAUUGAGUCGAAUAAUGAGGUUCGAAUGUUAAGCCUAUUGUCGAAGAUGCAUUUCUAAGUUCGAUGAAAGAUUUCCAUAAUUAAUUACGUAGCAAUAUUUAGGUACGAUUAGUUGUUAUUAAAAACAAAAACGAAAAAAAGGAGAAGAGAUGUGAUCGGAGUGAGGAUCGGGUUUUAUCGUCUCCGAUUGAAAUUUAAUUCGGAUACGAUAAAACUGAACCCCUUUAUUAAAUCGGUUAUUAUCAAAACGCGUUAUCGAACGUGAUCGACGCUUCGAUGGUUCGUUAUGGUUCUAAACGUAAUCGCGUUAGAUUAUAUAUACAUGUAGUUAAACGAUUGCACGUACUAAUAUAGUUGCGUAAAAAAGAAACUUAUAAAAAGAAACAGAGCGGUAAAGCGCAAAAGAAUCAACUUAAAACAAAUUUAUGUCGAGCAUAUCCUCGCUGUAAGAUAUAUACAUAUAUGUAUUGUUCUAAACGAGAAUGCACGGAUAUAUAUAUAUGCAUGAUUUUGAAGAAAAAUUCACGAGAGGAAGGUUCAGGAAGAGAAACAGAGGAAAAGAGUGAGUGAGAGAGAAAAGAAACGCGCGCGCGUUACGAGUGCGCGAUACGAGUUGAACAGGAGAAUUUAUCUGUAUACCGUUCGGCGAUAUCUUAAUUAGACAGCAUUAAUCGAGUAUGUGUCAAACGAGUUAAAGAAUGCGAUGUUUAAACAUUACGAACGUAAUUAUAAUGAAAGCAAGGUACUAUUGAUGCAGUCAAUAUCCUGUUGUGCGCGUUUCCAUUUUUCGUCGACACGUAAACACAAACACACAUACACACAUACAUGUACACGUACACGUUACAUCUCAUAUCACACAUUUGAUUCAGAUUAUAAAUGUCGUAACGAGAAAAUAAAAAAAUAAAAAAAUCUAUCGAUGUAGCAUAUAUAAAUAUAUAUAUUGUAAUGAUCGAUUAAUUAUUUAUCCGCGAUUGUGCUAGCUUGAAUGAACGUAGACAGUGAUCGAAAAAGGAAAAAAAAAGUAAAAUAGCGACAUAUUAGCACGCAUAAUACUAAUAUAUACCAGAACUUCGUUGUAAAUAUUACAACACAGAAGCACGAUUCUCGUAAAAGCGACAACAAAAUAUUUACCAAAAUCCACGGUGGAUGGACGCGAUCUUCGGUGUUAACCCCCGCGAAAUUAAAGCGCAACACGAUAUUUUCAUCGAGGCCUCAUACACGUCACACGCGGGAUAGCGCUUUUUUCGCACUCGCAUCGGUCGUGGAUAUCGCACGAAAUACGCUCUCGCGAUCUCACCUUUGUUUCGUGCCGUUCUUCCCGUUCUUUCGAGUUUUUUUUUUCGCGUUAAUAUUUAUUAUUAUUUUCUCAACACUUCUUCGUUGCGAAACGUGUCGAAUUUUCGAAAACGUCGAUUAAAUGCUUUGUAACUAAUCCUUUCUCCAGAUCGUGGUACUUCUUUAACGUAGAUAUUGAAUUUUAAUUGACCGGAGUUAAUUGUUUUUUGUUUUCUUUUUUUAGCGGGAUCGAUUUAUUGGUUGAUAUUAUGUAGAUUUGUCGAUUUGUAGUCGAGUAUUGAUCAUAUAUAUACACAUGUAUUUUUUUACCAGUUGUUAGCAUUUUUGUAAAGAUAUGUUAUAUUGACCUUUCUCUACUCUUUUCGUAUCGAUAGUUUCAAUUUUGCUCUAGUAGUGUGUGUAUAUAUAUAUAUAUAUGUAUACGUAUAUACAUAUAUAGAAUAUAUAUAUCGCGAUGAGUAUAUAUAUAUUAUAAAUAAAUAUAUAUAUCGAGAUAGAGUAGAUAUACGAGAGGAAUAUUUUCGAAUAGUCGAAACGGAGCGAGUGUAUAUGUAUCUACAAAAAAGCCAGGUUUAUAUCGAAGCGAAAUAAGUAUGUUGUAAAGCAACGUCAUUCGAAUGAUGGACGCAGAUGAUCGAUGGAAGAAAAGCAGUCGGAAUAUAUAUAUAUAUAUAUCUGCGAUCUUAUCAACGAAAAAUCGCGCGUAUAAUCCCUUUUCUUUCAUCAAUGUACAUGAUUUCCGUUCUCAGUUCUCGCUCGCUCAAGUUAAUUUCGCUCUUUGCCUAUAGUGUAUUUUUGUAUAAAUGUGAACACACACGUACAAAAUCUCUGAGCGUAACCGCGAGUCGUCGUCGUGAAAAAAGCAGUUAAUCUUAUAUAUAUAUAUAUAAAUAAAAAAAAAAAAAUUGGUAGCUACAAGUCCAAUUUGAAGUGAAGCAAAGAUCGCGCGGGCUCUUCACAGGUCGCCGGUAGCUCCCAGAUUCGAACGGUGACCUCGAACGUGCGCGUGACGAUUGUUAUGUGUAUUUAAAACGGAUGUUAUGCAUUAAAACGAACAUGUUAAAUACUAAUCGAACACACACACGAUUGAAAACAGAAAAAAAAAAAA